AUGGGGCCGAUUUCUGACUGGAAUCGCUGGUGGUAUCACGGCUGGCUCUAUUCCUGUAAGUUAUCUGUGUACGUGUCAGAGAUUUCACACCCGUCUGUGAGGGGUGCGCUGGGUUCAUGUCCUCAGAUCACAGCUGUCUUUGGAAGUCUAGCACUCUACGCGCUUGGUUUGGUUUUGCCGUGGAGGUGGCUGGCUGUGGCUGGGGAGAUCCCGAUUGUUAUCAUGAUGAUUUUGCUUUGCUUCAUGCCGACCUCCCCACGUUACUAUGUAAUGAAAGGAAACAGAGCAAAAGCAGUUAAAUCGCUAGAAUGGCUCAGAGGCCCCAACUCUGAUUACUUGACCGAGUUCAAUAAAAUUGAACGCAGUAUCAAUUCUCAGGGCGCUCAAUGGAGUGAUCUUAAAACACCUUUAUACUAUAAACCAAUUCUAAUCUCAGUCUUCAUGAGAUUCCUGCAGCAGAUGACUGGUAUAACCCCAAUUCUUGUAUAUCUGGAGCCCAUCUUCCACAUGACAGCUAUAUCACUAGAACCGAAAUAUGAUGCAGCAUUAGUGGGAGUUGUAAGAUUGAUGUCUGUUGUUAUCGCAGCCAGUUUGAUGGACAAAGCAGGUCGAAAAGCUCUACUGUUCACCUCAGGAUUUUUGAUGUAUAUAGCCAUGCUUUCAAUGACCAUGUACACCCACAAAACAUCAUGCAGCCAUGGCAAUCUUACCGUAACCGAGGGCUUGACGAGCACUUAUGGAGGCUCAACAGGCCCUGCCUUCGAUCCAAUAACUCUAAUUCCUCUAAUUAGCUCUAUGGUCAUCAUAUUUGGUUAUGCUUUGGGUUGGGGUCCAAUCACGUGGCUGCUAAUGUCAGAGAUUUUACCCUUGGGUGCGCGUGGUGUAGCAUCCGGUUUGUGUGUUGGUGUUAGCUGGAUCACAGCCUUCAUUCUGACACAACUCUUCAUGCAUGUGGUGGAGGCCUAUGGACUCUUUGCACCUUUCCUGUUCUUCUGUGUCGUCUCUGUAGUGAAUAUCAUUUUCACAGCUAAAUGUGUGCCAGAAACUAAAGGCCGGACUCUGGAAGAAAUUGAGAACUAUUUCAGGACUGGCCGAACCUUCACUAUUCUUGAUUCAUAAUAUGUCCAUUUUGCAGCGAUGCUGUGGCACUAUUUAA